GUACACUUCAAACUGAGGUUAACAGCAUUUGAACCCCAGAGGAGCACGAAGAAGAGAAACGAGGAAAAACAGGAUAUAAGCUGAUCUUCUAUCAACUGAGAAAAUGGACACGCGGUUCACUCGAGGGAAGUCCAGCAUCCUGGAGCGGCCCCUGACUCGACCCAAGACCGAGGUCAGCGUGAGCGCCUUCGCCCUCCUGUUCUCCGAGAUGGUCCAGUACUGUCAGAGCCGGGUGUACUCCGUGUCCGAGCUGCAGACCCGGCUGGCCGACAUGGGCCACAGCGUGGGAGCCAGCAUGCUGGACGUGCUGGUGCUGAGGGAGAAGAAUGGGAAGAGGGAGACCAAGGUUCUGAACAUGCUGCUCUUCAUCAAGGUUAACGUGUGGAAGUCCUUAUUCGGGAAGGAGGCUGAUAAGCUGGAGCAGGCCAACGAUGAUGACAAGACGUAUUACAUCAUCGAGAAGGAGCCGCUCAUCAACGCGUACAUCUCUGUGCCCAAAGAGAACAGCAGCUUGAACUGCGCUGCCUUCACUGCUGGCAUCGUGGAAGCCAUCCUCACACACAGUGGUUUCCCGGCCAAGGUCACCGCCCACUGGCACAAGGGCACCACACUCAUGAUAAAGUUCAACGACUCGGUCAUCGCCAGGGACAAGGCUCUGGACGGCAGAUAAAACACGACUGGAGACUCUGGUUUUUGUUUUUGUUCAUCAGUACAGGAUGAGGAUAAGUCAUCCAGGUCUUGUGUUAAACUGUAGCUGACUGUGAAUGAUAUUGUUUCUGGUAGCUGAUGUGAUGAUGAAUGGAUUUCUGCAACGUACUGAGCCACAUCUACAGCAGAGAAGAUGCAGCUGAUUGGUCCAAAACUUCCAGUUUUCUGUGGAUCUUCUCACUCUUCACCUUCUCAAGUUCCAUACAUUUGUUUACCUUGCAUAACUUUUCAUGUGUAGCUCCAUGUGAGCUAAAGAAAAUACAAAAGUAAUUUCAGGUGAAACUGUUUCUCAUGAAUGUUGCUUCAUUGAAGAUCUGUGUGCAGCCCCCCCCCCCCCCCCUCUCUCUCUCUCUCUCUCUCUCUUUCUUUCCCUCUCUCUCUCUUUGGACCAUCAGAAAAUCCAUUUAGUUUCUGAUAUCCUUCAUCGUCCUGACCACUUCACCACAGAUAGACUUCUGUGGGAAGCACUGACAAAUGAGAAUAUGAUAUAAUAUUAAUUUCUGUCAAUGGAUCCACUUCUAAAUCCCUCACACUGGUCCUUUAAUUAAAUAUCAUGACCUUAGGCCCCGUUAAACUUCUUUUAGACUUUAAAGAGUCUAAACAACAAAUCAUUAAUCAAAUAAAAACAUGGUUAGACAUGAAUCUGAAUAAAAACAACGUUCUAAAUGUUUAUCCUGGUGUUGAGAGUCGAAGUUUUGUUUUUUCUUGUUCACUCCAGUUCAACUCAAGCUCUGAAGUUUCAUCUCUGAAAUAGAUUCACAGUCUGGUGCAGAUCCUUGACGACACUGAGGUCCUCACUGUGUAUUAUUAUAUUUGUAUUAAUAAUAUUUAGAUUAAUUUGUUUCGUGUACGUGUGCGUGUGCAUGCAGAAAUUGAGGGUUUAACAUGCAGGAGUUUCCAUUCCACAAAUAAAAGACUUCAACACUUAAA